AUGAAGAUUCUGAGGUUUACCUGGAUUUCCAUGGUUCUGCUUUUCUCAGAUAUAUUGAGAAUAAUUGCUAUGCAUGGCCAUGGAUUGGGUGAGUGUGUUCCUGAUCAAAAGGCUGUACUUCUCCAGAUACGGAACCAACUUUCUUACAACUCUUCAUUAUCCUUCAAACUGGUGCUGUGGGAUAAAAGAGUUGAUUGCUGCCAGUGGCCUGGUGUGAGUUGCAACCAUGCUGGAUAUAUUAUUGGUGUUGACCUCAGCUAUGAGCCAAUCACCGGUGGAGCCAAUGCAAUUUUCUUGCUCAAACUCCUGCCAUCCCUUUCUGUUAUUAGGCUUGAUUGGGUCAACUUUUCUGCUCCAUUUCCAGACAUCUUCGCGGGUUUCACUAAUCUGACUGUUUUGAGCCUAAGCAAUUGCAACUUCACUGGGACAGUUCCUCAGAAAGUAUUCCAGGUACCAACUCUUCAAACCAUUGACUUAACAUUCAAUAAAAUGCUUGAGGGUUCUUUGCCAGACUUUCCAGAAAAUGGAUCUCUUCAGAGUCUACAGCUUGGUAUCACAAAGUUUUCUGGUAGAUUACCUGAGUCCAUUGGAAACCUCAGACUGCUGUCCCAUAUUGACCUUACAGGUUGCAGUUUAAGUGGGGCAAUCCCUGCUUCUAUUACAAAGCUUACCAAUCUUGUUGAGCUGAGAUUGGGUGGGAAUCACUUCAGUGGUUGGAUUCCACCAUUUAAGUUGUUUAAGAACCUGACUGAAAUAGGUCUUUCUAAUAACGAUUUUACAGGUGAAAUUCCCUCUUCUCACUGGGAUGGCCUUAACAAUCUUGAAAGUUUGUACUUGGAUGGGAAUUCAUUCUCAGGGCCCAUCCCACCCUCAUUGUUUUUCCUGCCAUCCCUUACAACCUUAUGUCUGUUCAAAAACAAAUUUUCUGGUCAUAUAAACGAAUUGCAAAAUGUGACUUCUCAACUGAUAGAUCUUGAUUUGAGUGACAACAAUUUGGAAGGGACAGUGCCUUUGUUCUUCUUUCAGCUCCCGAAUCUUACAUCUCUCUAUCUUUCAUCAAACAAAUUUUCUGGUCAAAUAAUUGAUUUGCAAAAUGUGACCUCUCAACUUAGGGAUCUUGAUUUGAGUAAGAACAACUUGGAGGGGCCAAUACCUUCAUUCUUCUUUCAACUUCAAAAUCUUACAACACUCUUUCUUUCAUCAAACAAAUUUAAUGGUACUGUACAUCUAACCAGAUUCAAAAACCCUGAGAAUAUUUGGUUUCUUGACAUUUCCCAUAAUAGCUUGGCAGUUGAGACAAACAUAAGAGCAGCAGAACUUUCCCUCCUCCCGGAAUUUCGAAUCUUGUAUUUAGCUUCGUGCAAUCUACACAAAUUUCCGGAUUUUCUGAAAAACCAAUCUAAACUCCAGAUGUUAGAUCUCUCCAGCAAUGCUAUAAGUGGAGAAAUUCCUGAAUGGAUAUCUGAAAUGGGUACUAGGAAUCUCCUUUUUCUCAAUCUUUCUCACAAUCUCCUUCACAAUAUGCAAAAGCCAAAGGAGUAUGGUUCUCUUUAUUACCUUGAUCUAAAUUCUAAUAUGUUUAGUGGGCAGAUUCCACAACCACCGAGUCUGGCUGUGUACUUAGACCUCUCCAACAACAGUUUCUCCUCCCUGCCUCUUGACAUUGGUGAUCAACUCCCAAAUGUCAGUUUCUUUUCCAUUGCAAACAAUAGAGUUAGUGGAACCAUCCCACUUUCAUGGUGCCAUGCAAACCAACUUGAAGUGCUUGAUUUGUCCAACAAUGCCUUGCAUGGCACAAUCCCACCAUGUUUGGUUCAAAAAAACAGCAAACUGGCUGUUAUGAAUCUCAAAGGAAACCAUUUAAGUGGUGAGAUACCACAGGAUUUUCUCCACACUUGUUCUUUAGAGACAUUGGAUGUCAGUCAAAAUCUGUUAGAAGGUCAGCUUCCUCCGUCCUUGGUGAAUUGCACAGAGCUUAAGGUUUUAAAUCUUGGAAACAAUAGAGUAAGUGAUACAUUUCCUUGCUGGCUUGAUCAAUUGUCGAAUCUGCACAUACUUGUGUUGCGUUCGAAUCGUUUUCAUGGAAGCAUUUCUUGCCCUAAGCUUGGGGUAAACAACAGUUGGCCAAGCUUACAAGUCAUUGACCUAUCCUCCAAUAAUUUCAGUGGAAAUCUACCAGCUGAUCUAUUCUUGGAACUAAAAGCUAUCCUAGUUGAUAGGAAUGCAGGAAAUUCAAAGGUUGGUUACUUGCACUUCACAUCUCAAGAAGAUAUUGACAUUUAUUAUCAAGACUCAGUCUCACUUUCUCUGAAAGGACAAGGUUACACUAUAGAGAAAAUUCUGUCAAUCUUCACCUCUAUUGAUUUUUCAAGUAACCAAUUUGAAGGGGGUAUACCAGAGAGUGUUGGUGAGCUUAAACUGUUAUAUCUCCUUAACAUCUCCCACAACGCACUGACAGGCAAUAUUCCUCCAUCUCUUGAAAACUUGAAAUCUUUGGAAGCACUGGACCUGUCAUUCAACAGCCUAACAGGAAAUAUUCCAGAGCAGCUAGAGAGCUUAACCUUCCUGUCCUCCUUAAACUUAUCAUACAACCAUCUGGUUGGAAGGAUUCCACAAGGCAAACAAUUUAAUACCUUCGAUUCAAGCUCGUUCGUGGGAAACAAACAGCUAUGUGGGUUCCCACUUAAUAUAUCUUGCAAUGGUAUUAAAGAACCGACAUCUCCAUUACCAGAGCCAGAAGAGAAAGAGUCAGCUUAUUACCAUGGUGAUAUCUACGCAAGCGUUGCAUUAGGAUUUGUUGUGGGUCUAGGAGGAAUAUUUAUGCCACUUGUGUUGUCCAACAAAUGGAGAUUAUAUUAUAACAAGAAGAUUGAUGGAGUACUGUUGAAGGUUUUCUUUCAGAGAGAUAAGGGGAGAAAAGAGAACUCUCGUUAA